UGUGCGUGGUGGUGGUGACUGUGUGCGUGGUGGUGGUGGUGGUGACUGUGUGCGUGGUGGUGGUGGUGGUGGUGGUGGCGACUGUGGGUGUGCCUGGUGGUGGUUGACAGCUGGUUGAAGGCACCAGCGAGACGCUGAGGCGGCUUGUGGACGAGAUGGACGUGUUCGUGGUGCCCGUCAUCAACGUCGACGGAUACGCGUACACGUGGAGCAAAGACCGCAUGUGGCGUAAGACGAGAUCUCCCAACCCUGGGAGCACCUGCAUCGGCACCGACCCCAACCGCAACUGGGACUCCAACUGGUGCCUGGCGGGAGCGUCACCCAACCCGUGCGACGAGACCUUCUGUGGCUCUUCGGCCGAGUCGGAGCCCGAGGUGAAGGCAGUGGCGGCCUUCCUGCGAGGGCGUUCCUCCUCCUCCACCUCCUCCUCCAUCAGCGCCUACAUCUCGAUGCACGCGUACUCGCAGCUGCUGCUGCUGCCCUACGCGGGCUCCUACCAGCAGAGCGAGCACAACGACGAGUUGAGUGCGCUGGCUAAGCGCGCUACCACGGCCCUGUCCAGUGCCUACGGCACGCAGUACCGCUACGGGCCUGCUUCAACCACCAUCUACAUCGCGUCGGGCGGUUCGUUUGACUGGGCCUACGACCAGGGCAUCCGCUACUCGCUGACCUUCGAGCUGCGUGACACCGGCCGCUACGGCUUCCUGCUGCCCGAGAGCCAGAUCCGGCCCACGUGCGAGGAGACCAUGCUGGCCUACGAGGUCAUCGCCCAGCACGUGCUCGACCAUCCCUACUGAGCAGGCCGGGCGGCUGGCCGGAAAAAGUCAGCCGGCCAGCCAUACAGCCAGCCAGCCGGUCAGCCAGCCAGCCAGCCAGC